UUAACCAGCAUUAUAUUUUGCUUCCUGUUUUGUUGCAACAGGUGUGAAAUAAUAUUAACAGUAAUAUUAAAAAACUGCGUGUUUGAAUGUGAUCUUUGAACAUAGAUUGCCAAGUCCUGGAUGAUCGUAUUGAGAUUUAUCAUCUAGAGUUGAUAUUACCGAGAUCACUUUUCGGACAACUUUCGGUUUUCCAAACAAAUAUCAGUUGAAAUACCAUGUCCAGAUUUCCAAACCUUUUACGGGACAUUCUCUCAGGUUUAAUACGGCACUGGGAGAUAUGGGAAGAUAGCCACCACCUGGCUUUCCUACACCCAUUUCAAGCCAGCCCUGGGGAAACCGUACUGGUCCCCAAAGCUCUCCCCCAGGGUUGUGUUUUCAAUCUUCCUGAAAAGGAAUAUGUGGAUUUGAUGCUUGCGACAAGAACCAUUUCUCUCAAGCUGGAAAAGUCACUCCUUGUCAUGCGGUGUGCAAUUAUAGCAGAAGUCCUCAAUGAUCAGUACGUCCAUACAAGGGUGUUACCAAUGCACGGAUUGGCUCAGCAAUGGACAUCUAUAGUCUCAGAGGACCUUGAAUACUCAGACAAAUACAAAGGCUACACCAGUACCAAGGAUGGACCGAAGGCCUCGGACGAUACCCUCGAUGCAGUGAAGUCUUCCAUUCUACAGUGCCAACCUCCUUUUGUUGAAGAUUACACUUUUCAUGGCAACCCCAAAGAUGAUAAUCUUUUCAGUCGAAUCAUCAGAGGGGAAGUACAGCAAUGGCGUAUUUGGCAAAGUGAAGACCAUGUGGCUGUUUUGACUCCCUUUCCAAACACUCCGGGCUUUACUGUCCUGUUGCCACGGAAACGGUUAUCAAGCAACAUUCCUGCAAUAGAAGAACAGGACUACGUUUCUUUAAUGUUAGCAGCAAGAAAAGUGGGUCAGUUGCUUCAGAAGGCUUUCAACACUCCCAAUGUUGCCAUGGUGUGUGAGGGGAUGGCAGUAGAUUAUGNCAAAUCAAAAUAA